UAGGUUAAGCUGGUGUUAUAUGACAGAUGAAGGUUGUUCUGAUGUGACUUCAGCUCUGAAAUCAAACCCGUCACACCUGAGAGAGCUGGACCUGAGCUGGAAUAAACUAGGAGACUCUGGAGUGAAAAACCUCAGUGAUCUACUGAUGAACCCACAAUUCAAGCUGGAGAAACUACAGUUAAGAUGCUGUGAUAUGACAGAUGAAGGUUGUUCUGAUGUGACUUCAGCUCUGAAAUCAAACCCGUCACACCUGAGAGAGCUGGACCUGAGCAGGAAUAAACUAGGAGACUCUGGAGUGAAAAACCUCAGUGAUCUACUGAUGAACCCACAAUUCAAGCUGGAGAAACUACAGUUAGUGUCAUUAUACUGUACAGCAAUUACAGUGUGACUGAAGUUUAUUUAUUUGAAGACAGCAGGGCUUAUGUU